AUGAGUGAGGAGGAUGCUGAUUAUGCUAUUAAAAUUAUGAAUAUGAUUAAAUUGUUUGGGAAGUCAAUAAAAGAAUUUGGAUUUAUUUCAAAAAUUGUUUUUAAUUUAAAAAGAAAAUUUUCCUUCGAUUUCAAUCAAUAAAGCUUCUGCUAACGAAAAACAAAUGGAUGUGGUACUUUUAGCGCUUUUGGUGUUAUUUUACAGCCGCCCAAAAUUAUGCGUGAUGUAGAAUCUGGAUCUAGCAAAGGAUUUGCUUUUAUUAAUUUUGCGUCUUUUGAGGCUUCUGAUGUUGAAAAACCUUCAAAAGAAUCUCUAAAUUCACUUCGUGUCAACAUUUAUCAAUUAGAACGCCUUUGUGAUUCCUGGUUAAAUACUGGACAUUUCUCAAAUGUGCCUGAUCGUUUGCGUUUUUACUUUCGUCUUUUUUGUGUGCACUUAUGGCUAAAUUGGAUUUUUUAUGUGAAGAUUAUUUGUCCUCUUUACGUUUCUGUGAUGAAGGAUUAAUUGAGGACCGUAAUUUGGAGGAUGAAAGCCUUUCAAAAUUUGCUUCUCAACUUUGCUGUUAUUUUCUACCUCCACCGCCUGAAUUAUCUACACAAAAUAAUCAAAGGUUUUUCUUUUAUUUCUAAUCAUUUUUUAAAAUAUUCUUUACACGGAUUUUUUCUGGUUGUCCGCAAAAAUUUUUGCCCGCAAAUUUUAUAUUCCUUUGUUGCUUGAAUGUGUUUUUUCUGGAGUGAUUUGUAAUGGGUCUGUCGACCUCAGAAUCUAGACCUUUUCGAUCCGAAAGGAAAUCUGA